AGCUGUGACAGGAGCGGUUGCUUUUCAUUUUGCUCCUGGCUGCUGCAGAUGGAGCCUUUGGGUAUGCCUCAGCCCGCAGGAUAUCUGCUUGUUUUUGUACUCACAUGGAGUUUACCUGCAGUUCAUCCACUUCCAGAUAUUAAUGAUCAGAGUUUCAUUGAUGAAUAUAUCAAGGCUCACAAUUACUACCGCUCACAAGUGAAACCUGUAGCAAGUGAUAUGAAGCGCAUGUCGUGGGAUGAAGCCCUGGCCAAAACAGCAAGAGCUUGGGCCCGGAAAUGCAACUUUAACCACAACAAUUACCUGGAAGAAAAAGGCAAAGUCCAUCCUGUUUUUUCACCAGUUGGUGAGAACAUUUGGGUUGGACGUCCACCACAAUCCUUCAAUGCGAGCAAAGCAAUACAAAGCUUUUACAGUGAAGUGACAGCCUAUUCAUAUCAGGCUAACAGUUGCACGUCUGUCUGCGGACAUUACACUCAGCUUGUUUGGGCCAAGAGUUACAAAGUUGGCUGUGCUGUUGUGGUCUGUGAAAAAGGAAUAAUUGAUUACAAUACAGCUCCAGGGGCUAUCUUUGUUUGUGAUUAUGCAGAGGCGGGAAACUACAGGGGAGUUAAGCCUUAUAAAACUGGUGAGCCAUGUACAGGCUGCGACAGUCAAGACUCCUGUUCAGAUCACUUAUGCUCAAAUUCAAAGAGAGAUCAACAAAGCAAAUAUCCACAUUGGACUCCAGAUUGGGACGAUUCUUCCUCAUCUGCUAAUACUAUUAUCAGCUAUCAGGCUGUCUUGAUUACAAGAUUGCUUUCGCUUAUACCUAUUUUGGCAAUGGGGUAUGCAGCCACCUUUCUUUGGCCUCAGAUUUUUGCUUAUGAAUAGAGGGGCUGUGGAAGUGUCCAGUGAUACUGUGCUCUCUGAGGGUUGCUGUACAAAAUGAAAAUUAUUUUAGUUCAUUACAUUAUAUGAUAUUGUUCACUAUGUUUCUUUUAAAAGACUGGUUUUGCCAUGCUCUUUUAUUUUGUAUCUCCGGGGUACUGAAGCAGAUAUUGUUAAGGCCCUUCCUGACGCCAACCUCCUUAAGUCCCUUUUAACAACACACAAGAUAAAAAAAGGAAGUGCAGGAAAGGAGCUGUGCUGUAAGAUGGCUUGCUGCAUUGUGCACUGGGGAGCUAUGCUCCAAUAUAAAGGAUGGAUUUAGAUCUAGAUAGAACUUUAUUUGUCCCCAGGAGGCCAUUUGGCUUUUACAGAAGCACUUUAAAUAAAUAUAAUUUGUAAAUAGAUACUGAUACUGAUACUGAUAAUGAUUGUAUUGUCAUUGUACAGGUACAACCAAAUGUAGUUAUCACAUAAAUAAAUAAAUACACAGUUUGGUCUGAAUACACACCAGGAUGAUUAUAAAGCAAGAAAAUCAUGCAGAAAGAAAAGUUCUGAAUUGGCUAUCCGAAUCUCAGCAAGGCAUUAUACAGACAUAUUGCUGUUGGCAUAAAGGAGUCCCUGUUGAGUUUCUUGACACCUUAUGCUGAAUAAUUCGUUGUCUGAAAGUCCUCAGUGUAGCGGAUGUUCAGCAUUGUCCAUAAUUGCACUUACAGGUGCUGGUCAUAAAAUUAGA